AUGAGGACAUCAUCGAGAGACUUGCUCGCUACUGGGCUCUUGGCUCUAGCUUCUGGCGCAUCUGCGCAAGUGGCCAGCGCCUGUCAAGGGGAUGUGUGCUUCAGGCUGAACAUCCCUGAGCGCACUGCGUCUUCUGGAAAUGGAGACAUCUUCUUCCAAAUUUCUGCGCCGAGUAGUUAUGAAUGGGCAGCACUUGGACAGGGCACGACGAUGGGGAACUCCAACAUGUUCUUGAUAUAUACUUCCGCAGAUGGCAACAACGUAACAUUGUCGCCUCGAACAACCAGCGGCCAUAACAUGCCUAGCUUCAAUGGCGAUGCGCAGGUCACACUGCUCGAAGGUUCGGGUGUUUCGAAUGGUCAAAUGAUUGCGAACGUCCGGUGCUCGAACUGUAAUAGUUGGUCGGGUGGUGAAGUUGACUUCACUGGUCAAAGCGGGCGAUUCAUUUUUGCAGCCCAAUCCUCAGGAGGACCAAAGAAUUCAGACGACACCGGUGCGAGAAUCGGACAGCAUGAUGCCCGGGAUUCAUUUACAUGGAGUUUUGCAAAUGCAAAAGGUGGAUCCCAAGUUAAUCCACUGCUCAAUACUCAACCAUCAGGUACAGGAGGAAGCACACCCAAUCCUACAAGUUGUAUACCUAGAGGGGCAGUAUCAGGCUCAGCUAAGAGCACUGCGGGAGCAUCACCCACAGCUACCGGCGGCAACAGCGGUGGAACGACGAGGGGGCCAUGGGGUCGCCCAACUGCAUGGCAAAGCGAAUGGGGACCCAGCCCGACUGCUUCCCCAACAGGACAAUGGGGACCACCAUAUGGAGAAAGAGAUUUGGAUAAGAGACAAGAGAUCAACUACUGUGAUGACUCUGGCAAUAGCAUUACACCUAUUGGUGGUGGUUUGUCUGGACGUCCGACAGACCGUACAAAAAUGCUUAUCGCUCAUGGCGUACUGGCUUCUCUCGCCUUCGUGAUCUUCUUUCCCGCCGGCGCCAUUGCAAUUCGACUUUCUUCAUUCCCCGGAGCGAUAUGGUUCCAUGCCGUCUUCCAAGUGUUCGCCUACGUGGUCUAUAUUGUCGCAUUUGGACUUGGUGUGUACCUCGCAAAGGAGUUCAACCUUCCUCUUCUCGGAUUUCUCCAUCAUACUCUCUUCAAAAAGUAUCAGAGCCGAACAUUUUGGUCCUACGGCCACAUUUGGCUCGGCCGACUGGUGAUCACGUUGGGAAUCAUCAAUGGAGGGUUGGGACUGAUGCUAGCCGACUCUAUGAACAUGAGCUCGAGGUCCGGGAUGAUUGCAUAUGGCGUGGUUGCUGGCGUUGUCUGGCUGAUAUGGGUUGCUGCAUCCUUCUUGGGCGAGAGACGAAAGGCCGGACAGUCCAAUGGCCCCCCCAAAUACACAGAGAGCACCGCUGUACGUCUUGAAAGCAGACAACGAUCUGACGUCCCUCACCCGGAGGAGGGCCACUAUGCACCUGGCAAAUGA